AUGUCAAUGAAUGAUCAAGUUCAACUUGUUUUCAAGUUUGACAAUGUAUACCUGCAAUUACGUCAUCCGUUAAUAAUCAUACAAAGCAGCAGUAUGAGCAACAACAUCCUUGUGGUUGGUGCAACGAGAGGUCUCGGUGCCUCCCUCAGAGCAUUAUAUGCCAAAGACUCAACCAAACAUGUUUUUGCGACUUCUAGAUCAGAUUCAGCUCCUCAAACAGAUUCAUCCACUACUUGGCUGACUGGAAUUGAUCUUACCAAAUCUGACGUGGGCCAAACAUUGGUCUCACAGAUCCCAGCGUCUACCAAGAUCUCGACUGCCAUCAUUUCAGCUGGGUACUUCGGCUUCGAAUCCUUCGAUACUCCAGACUGGGCAAAAGAAGUCCAGAUGUACACUACAUCGGCAAUUGCACCCGUUUUCUUGGUUCAUCACCUUGUCAAAUCGGGUCUGUUGGAGGAAGCCAGCAAGGUCAUUCUAGUCAGCAGCGAGAGUGGCAGCAUCACUCUUCGUCACGAAAAAGAAGGCGGAGGUAAUUAUGGACAUCAUGCAAGCAAAGCUGCGUUGAAUAUGGUGGGCAAGCUUCUUAGUUUGGACCUCAGGCCUAAGGGAAUUGCUGUUGGGUUGGUGCAUCCAGGCUUCAUGCGAACAGAAAUGACCAAAGGUGUCGGGUUUGACAAAUAUUGGGAUGCCGGCGGUGCUAUUACCCCAGAUGAAUCAGCUCAGUCGCUUGUAUCUUUCAUAGAGAGUUUUGAUAUCCAUCGGACUGGAGAGUACUGGGCACCCAGAGGACCCGCAGAUAUUGGAACUGCAGAAAGUGUUCUGGGCAAAAACCUGUCCACUCCUUUACAACUUCCAUGGUAA